UCUGUUUUAACCGUGUAUCUCUCUAUUUUUGAUCUCUUUUCAUUGACCUUUGAAUAUGCUGAAUAAUAAUACUCUCAAAAUCUUUGUUUACUUCUCGACUUGUGCCAUCGGGGAAGUGUUUUUGUUAUUGUGAGUGAAAAUAUUUUUAAAAUAUUGUUGAUAAAUCUUGUUCCCAAUAUUACAUCUAGCUUUUCCGUUAAGGAUUGUGAGCUGACGUAUUUUGAACAGCAUUAUUGAACAUUUGUUUAUUGUACGCCUUGUUCUAAUUCAAUAUCGAAAAGUCAUUGUGAAUAAUCAAGUGGUUACAAUUUUUAUUCAGUGUAGUGAUUUAUUUUGUUAUGUAAUAAUAUAUAUAUAAAUCGAAUAUUAUCAUUAACUUAACAUUUUUCAAGCUUUUGUGAAUCUAAUGGUGUUUUUAAGAAAUAAAUAAACAUUGAAGUUACGCUCAGGACACGUGGGUCUCCGUGAAUUAAUCGAUAGAGACGUAAGACGCGUGCGCCAGUCUCUAUCAACGAGACGAUUAUUUGCCAAGGUCAUAUAAUACAAACACGUGCAAUGUCGGAUUCUAUUUACACACAUGAAUUUCUUCUAGAGCCAGGUGUUGAGAUAAAGCAGGAGUCUCUCCCUCCAUUCGAGUUAGGUCCGAUGUCCGCAUCGGUGCCCAUCCCGCAGCGCCGUGCAGACCUCGGAGACUUUAGUUGUGACCUAGACCUGUGUCUGCAAGACACAUUGUCUGGCUCCUUUCAUAAUGUACCCACAAUGCAAUAUAAUAAAUUGGCUUUUGAUUCUGAUACAUCCAAAAUGGAAAUUUUAAAUAAAAUGGAUGAUGAUGAUAUAUUCCAAGUAGACAAGGCAGAUUUAAUAUCAGGACCAACUCUUGCCGAAUUGAAUGCAAAUCCAGACACAUUGUUAGAGGAUUUGAAUUUUGAAGAUUUGUUAUUGCCAGAGGAAAAUGGGUACUGUGUGCAGAUUGGUGGGGUUAUGAGUGGUUCUCAUCGCAACACAGUUCAGUUAUCAAACACAUUGGCUGCUGAAAGUCCUUGUAGCCCAUACAGUCGGGCACAACUUGCAUUUUCACCUUCCAGUCAGCAUAGUUCUGCAUCUUCUAGUUUUGCACAGCCUAUGAAUCAGCUACCAGAGUUACUGAUGCGUCUGGAUGGUUAUGGUGGUGAAAUAACUCUAGGGCAAUCAGUGCCUGCAUCAACAGUUCUGCCACAAUUUCCCACAAGCAUCAAACCGCAACAAACACAACUGUCCUCAUCAGCUCCCACACAUCUCACUAUGGAACAGAUUUGGCAACGCAGAGAGCCACGAAAGCAUUUGCUUUCAACCAGUUCCCUCGCAGAAGCUGGUUCUGCAUCAUCUUUAUCAGGUGGUCUCCUCAGCCCUGGAACUGGUGACUUCUCACAAGAUGAAGAUGACAAAGAUGGGGAAUCUGAUGAGGACAGUGACAGAUAUGAGGAUCUUUCGUCUGAUGAGUCAAAUGACGAAUCAGAAACCAAGCAAGCUCGACUCGCCGCCAAAAAGGAGAAGUUCUUUUGGCAAUACAACGUGCAAGCAAAAGGACCAAAAGGACAGAGAUUAGUAUUACAGAAGAAAUCCGAGGACCCCCAUGUUCUAAAUUCAGUGACAGAUCCAGUGUUUAGUCCCAAUUGUAGUGUCAGAGGCAUUAAACACAGUGGCAAAGCUAGAAAAGGUGAUGGCAAUGACCUUACACCUAACCCAAGGAAGUUAUAUAUGAUUGGAAAGGAGCUGGACAACUUGGGCAGAGUGAUCAAUGAUAUGAUUCCUGUGAGUGAGUUGCCAUUCAAUGUCCGGCCAAAGACCAGAAAGGAGAAGAAUAAAUUAGCUUCCCGUGCUUGCCGGUUAAAGAAAAAAGCACAGCACGAGGCAAACAAAUUAAAACUUUAUGGCCUCCAACAGGAACACAAACGACUUCUAAACGGAAUACACCAAAUGAAGCAACUUUUGGGCAAUAGGGUAACUAAUCCUCAAAAUAAUGUGGACUGGUCAGCACAUCUUCAGAGCAUAGUUAAUACAGCCACUGAGGUAAAAAUAGCCGGCAAGACAUCCGAAUUCGUCAACAAAAUCCUUGACAAUGUGAAGUCGGGACAAGGCAACGGAGGCCUGACUGACAUUUAAAAGGUUAACCAGAUGUUAAUAAUUUAAACGAAAGGCUGUUCUAUGUACCUCCAAAGUUAAUUAGAAAGAGAGUUUCUAUCAUAUAAAAGCUUAAUAUUGUCAGAGACAAACUUAUUUUUGUAUAGUGUAAGUCACUAAAAGCUUUAUAUGGCAACUAUAACAGGAUAUGUUUCCUAAUGUUUACUGUUUAUUGUCAAAGUUAUAACAUUAAGAGGGCGUAUCACUUUUAAGUCCUGCCCACAGUAAAUAUUAAUAAAAAUCUUCAAAGCAACAAUUCUGUAUGAAAAUAUUUUCAAUGAUGCCUUUUUUAUGAUAACAGUUGAUGUCUCUUAAUAUUUAAGCAUUUUAUGAGACUACUUACAUUGAUUGACAUAAUAAUGUACUACUUAUUUUAUGAUUUUGUGAUACUGUUUUGAAGAAUUUCAUUUUUAGUGGGUAGCACUGAAUAUACGCUAUAUUAAGUUAGGUGUCAGUGUUGUCGUAGUAGUUAUAUGGUUAUAUCGUAUUAUUUUAAACAAAUUGAUAAAAUAGCAGGAUAACGAAUUUGAAUAGGUCGUCUAAUAACAUAUGAUCAUCAUUUUUGUGAAUAUGGUACUUUCAUACUCGGGCAUUUCAAAAUUGUUUUCAUACUUGUUAUGACAGAGCGUAAAGUGUGCAAAUUAAAAUAAAUUAUAAUAUUAAUUUUUUUUUUGUAAAACUGGAUUUGCUAAUAAAUUAAACCAUUUUGUAUUUUACAAACAAAUAGGUACCUAUAUUAUAAUGAAUGAGGGAUAUUAAUUCAAUAACAUAUUGCAUUUAUAUUUUUACUACUACUAAUAUAAAUAAAUUUUUGUUAAAUAAGAUAUUUAUUUAACAAAAUUAUCAACCACAAACAUACAUACAUACAUACAUAAACUCACGCCUCUUUCCCGGAGCUUCUCUAUCUUUGUUCUUUUGCUCAACCACAAAAUUGGCUUUAAUUCUUGGAAAGAAAGUAAAAUACGAUGAAAUUGCUAUUGUAUAUUUUAAAUCAAUAUUCUUUGUAAUUAAUAAUCGAUCAAAUAAAAUUUAGAGAAAAAAUAAGUUUUAUAUAAUCUAUUAUAUAACCAUAUGUAAAUCUACAAAGUUAUGACAAAAAUUAUGUAUAUAUUAGUUGCAAAUUCAUUUUGUAUUUCAAAUUAUGUAUAUAACUUGCAAUACAAAAUAAAUUUUGAUAGGAGGUUCGUAAAAUCUAGGGAAAACACAACACGAUGGUUGCGGCAGUUUAAAGGUAAUAUUUUUUUUAAUAAAAUAUAUCGCGCUACUGUUAUUAUUGAAAUGUUCUAUAAAAUUUCAUGUUAUAUAUUCGAUCAACAUGUUUAACAUCUUAUGUCUGGUAGUAUAUCUAUUUUUCUAGCUAUCAACUACUGAAGUCGAAAAAUGAUACUGGCUUUUUCGAUUUUGCUAAAGGGCAUUCGAUAAGGAAUGGAUCAAUAUUUGGAUAUGCUACAGUAAAAUUGUAAAAAUGACGACGGAUAGUGUAUAAAAUAUGCUUCUCCGCCUUCAGGAGUCGUUACCAAAUCAAGCUAUAUUCUCGCAUGACCUACAUUGACCUAACUUUAUCUCUAAAUUAAUCAAAUGUAUAAUUGUAUUUAAAUAAGGCAUAGGUUAAACUGCGGGACAUGACGUUGGCAGACACGUCACAGUCAUAUGAUAUACAUUUUAUACAUAGAUCUGGUCUCGCAUAACGGGGAAAAAAAUCAGUUGAAAAGGUUAACGCUAUAGCGCACCAACUUAAGAUAAAACAAAAAGGCAAUAUUGACGAUAUAUUUUGAUCUAAUAAAUUAGCCAAAACGUCUGUCCAUGUAAUUAGGAGUCAUAAAAACUCAUUCUACAGAACAUUUUUUUUUUAAAUUUGCAUGUAACAAUGUCUACGUAGAAGAAGAAACCUAUUCAAAUCCGGUUCUUAUUUUUCUGUGAUAAUUAUCUGCAUUAAAACUUCAAACAACAACACCAAAUUGUCUUAGUUAUUAGAGUAAUUAUAAGUGCUUUCAUAUAUCGUACCAUAAGUAAUAAAUAUAAGUAUUGUAAUCAUAGAGUUAAUUACAUUACAUUCGAUGUGUUUAUUACUUUUACACAAAAAAAUGGAUGUUUUAUAAAAUAUAUAUUCACUAGGCAGUUAAUAUUUAAUACUUGUAAUUUAAGAAAUAUGAACUAAAAUACUUAUAACUUAUUUAUUGCAAAAGAGAAUAAAGAAAAAAAAAUGCUUUACAAAGUAGUGCUCUACCAUUAGUUUUUAUAAGGUAAUCGUUUACAUAAUCUAUUAUUAUAUUGCAAAUAUAAUAGCACGAAUACAAAUCUCUAUCUUUAGAUAUAUACCUACAGCAGCCGAUUCAAAAACUUGUUCAAAUGUUAGUAACCUAUAUAAUAUCAUGCGCGCUCUUACUUUUGAAGUUUCACAGCUGAAAAUGCGAUCAGAAAUAAUGAUACUGAAAUAGGAUAUUGAGAAAUCACCCGUCACUUAAGCAGCUUAAGAAUUCAAAAUUAUGCUGCCUUAGCCAGAUAUUUUAAGAACUUGCCUAAUGAGUUUACAUAUACUAUCCAGCGGCUAGAGAAAAACUAAUGGUAGUUGUACAUACAUUCGCGUACAUUGAUAAGGAGACACUUCCAAAUAUCUGCGCAACUUUUGUAUAUACAUAUUAAUGCUCGCGACUGUACAGAUUUCGUUUUCUUGUGUUUUAAGUAUGUAAAAUUAAGGGAAGUAACGAGAUCGGUCAAUGGAUAUCUUAUAGGCAAAAAUAUAAGAUAUUGUCAUUGUCAUAUUUACAAUGUUAGAAUAGAAAAAUUGCACAAUGAUUCUAUUAUUGUUCGGUACGUACCUAAUAACUUCUUAAUAUAGCCAUAUAUAGCUAACAAAUAGAAAGUAUUUUUGUGUUAUUUUUACCUGUUAAGUGCUAAAUCUUUUGAAAGGGAUCUACUUAACAUUUGUAAUGCGCGCUAUAGAAGUGACGGUCCAUAGUUAAAAAUCGAAUUCAUAAAAUUUUGUUUGUGAUAAAUGAGUAUAAUAAUUAAGAUAAGGUUUAAUUCUCAAAAUAGCAACAGCUUUUAUCAAUUUUGAAUUUGUGGCCCUCUGACCUGUAUUAUUACCACGUUACAAUGUGAUUAUUAAAAAGAAGUAAUAAAUAUAAAUAUAAUAAAUAUAUACGGGACAAAUUACACUGAUUGAGUUAGCCUCGAAGUAAGUUCGAGACUUGUGUUACGAGAUACUAACUCAACGAUACUAUAUUUUAUAAUAAAUACUUAUAAAGAUAAACAUCCAAGACCCAGGCCAAUCAGAAAAAGUUCUUUUCUCAUCAUGCCCUGGCCGGGAAUCGAACCCGGGACCCCCAGUGUCACAGACAAGCGUAUUACCGCUGCGCCACAGAGGCCGUCAGUAAUGUUUGUAACGCGAUUGCUUAUUUGUCGUAAG